GUGCCAUGAGUUUGAUGUGUUACAGGUGGAGAAAGCACGAAAAAGAAGCGAGUGCACGAACAAUUGAUUGGGCCCAAAUCACCCCACCUCGGGAAGAAUUAAUUUGGGCCGGGGACUUUGGAAAAGGCAGGUGGCGGACAUAAUCUCUUGGGCCAGCAAAUUGCAUAGCUGGCGGUGGACAAGGCUAAGAGGAUGGAGGAGGACGAAAUUGCUGGGGGGGAGAUUUCUUUUGGGAAAAGAAAGCAAAAGGCGGCUGAGAUUUAUUAUUGAGAGAGGGCGGAAUUCCAUAGCCAGAGGGGAAAAAGACAGCAGCGCGCAGCAGCUGAGGGAAAAGAGGGAAUUAUUUUUCUCUGGGCGAUUUUUCUUGGAGAGAAAGAAAGCGAAGGGCAGCAGGUAAUUAUUGUUGGGGGAACGAAAUUCUCUUGGAAAAUAAAGAAAGAGGCGAGAAUUCUUUGGGGGACGAGGGAAUUAGUGAGAAAAGCAGCGCAGCGAAGCAUCGGGCGAUUGAGCAAUUGACGAUCAGUUUUUCCAAGGUUUGAGCUGAAUUCAACGAGAGCGAUUAGUUGGUUGGAUUUUCUAAACUGAAUUAGUUGUUUCUUGUUGUUUUAGAACAUGAUGAACAAAACCCUAUCGAUUUAUUUUAAUUUCGUCAUGAACUAAACCCCAAUUUCUGGGGGAAACACUAUAGGAUGUAGCUAUUUCUUGAUUUGAUGGAUUGGUUUAUGAUUCUUUUCUUCCAAUCUCUAUUGCAUGAAAUUUCUUAAUGCUUUGUGUUGACUGGCCACCAAUACAUUGAUUAGUUGUUAAUUAGGUGAUUAGCGACAGUGAAACCCUAAUAACUGAACCUAUUUCAUGUGACAUAGUAACUUAUCGAAGCGACAGUGGAUUAAAUAAGGUGCUAUGCGGUUCGAAAUAGGAUAUCGAUCUUCAGACUAUAUAGUUAAUUCAUUGAGCUACGACAGUAGGAUUUGAAUUGAUUAUUUAGUACGUAGUAAUUCCCGACAGGGAUAGCUAGCACUUUCGUGAUAUCCUGGCUGUAGAGAGUUGGAUUAAAUUGAUUGGAGUAUGUGAAUUAAUCUGGAUAGGAUAGGUAGUGAAUCCCGGUGUUUCUCCCAGAGCUUUCUCCCAUUGAAUUUCUCCCGACAGUUUACAUUUAGUUAAUUUGUUUAUUUUAUUUUGCUUUUAGAAAUUAGUCUCAUUAAACUAUUUUCACUUAUAGUUUGCUCAUAAAUUUGAUAGAAUAUAAGGUUGUACCAGUCCCUGAGAGACGAUACCCGGACUUUCCGGUUUACUACGAGAUAGGAAUUUAAGCAUUACGCUUUUUCCCUAUCAAGUUUUUGGCGCCGUUGCCGGGGACUGCCAUACCUUAUUUUUUGUUGAUUUUUGUGAGUGAACUAUUUUGAUCUGUGUGCUAGUGUGCAGGUGAAUUUCAGGUUAAUCCUUUUUGUGCAUGCCUAGGAGGACAACCAGGGAUUUAUUGCCACUAGACCUGGAGAUCGAGAAGACCUGUCGACUGAACAGGAAGCAGGUCAAGUUAGGGAAGCAGCCAACCACAACUCCUAGGCCUUCCCUAACCCAGAGAGGGCAGGCUUCAUCACCUGUCGUCCCUACACCACCACCACCACCUCGUGACAUUGAGCCAGUCAUCAUGGCAGACUAGGAUCGUUCGAUCAGGGCUCGUUUAAAUCGACGGACUGGAGCCCGGGCUUCAUGUGUUUUCAUUCCGGCUGGGGAUGCAACCAUGGAGAUUACCCCAGCAUUUAUCAACAUGAUCACCAAUGGGUAUACUUUCUCUGGGGCUAGCAAUGAGGAUCCUCACGAGCAUCUCCGCCGGUUCGCGAGUAUAUGUGAUACAAUGAAGAGCCCCACAGUAUCUGAUGAUGCAAUCCGUCUUCGGAUGUUCUCAUUUUCUCUGCUAGGGAAUGCAUCACACUGGUUCCAAAACUUAACACCCCGUUCCAUCACGACAUGGAGUCAGCUUGAGAAGGUAUUUCUGGAUAAAUACUUCCCACCUGCCUUGGCAAUGAAGAGGCAAGAAGAGAUUGUUACUUUUAAGCAGGCUGAUGAUGAGAGUCUGACUGAGGCAUGGGAGCGCUACAAAGGGCUGUUGAUGAGAUGCCCAAGCCAUGGUCUUGAAGAUUGGAACGUGAUCAUUAUUUUCUUCAAUGGAAUCAGAAGGGAGUUUCGGGAUGCUCUGAAUAAUGCUUCCCGAAAUGGUUUCACAAGAAUGGAAGCACCAGAAGCAUAUGAACUGGUGGAGAAGAUAUGCUCUGAAGAUACUGAAUGGGGUAGUGAGACCGGCAUUCGAAGGAGAGGAGGCUUGCAUGAGAUAGACAGAGUGGCAAGCUUAGAAGCAAAGAUUGAUGCUAAGUUGGAUUCCAAGUUCGAUGCACUCGAACGAAGGCUGGCUAAGAUGGCUCUUGGUAGACAGGAGGAGGUUGCUUUUUGUGAAUUAUGUGAAGGUGUUCAUCAUAGGGAUCUAUGUCCACUGGUGGCUGAUCAGUUGGAAGAUGUGCACUAUAUCAACAAUCAACGAAAUCAAGGCCAGGGUGGUAUGUAUUCAAAUACCUACAACCCGCAAUGGAGAAAGCAUCCUAACUUUUCCUGGGCGAACAACAACCCAACUGGUGUUCGAAACAUCCCACCUCCUGGUUUUCAACAGCAGAAGCCUCAACCAGAGAAGAAGCCCCAGCUGGAGGAGUUGAUUUUGGCUCAUAUGCAGAAAACAGACAAUAAUUUCAAGGGCCUGGAUCAAUUUGUCACUCAACAGCUAGCCAUCAACAAUAAUUUACAAUCGUCUAUGCUAGCUAUGGAGAGGCAGAUGGGACAGAUGGCUCAAACUUUGGCAGAUAUGAAAGCCAGGAUUCCUGGGACAUUACCAGCAAAUACUGAGAGGAAUCCGAAGGAUGCCAUGGUUGUAGCAGUGACAUUGAGGAGUGGAAAGGCCUUGGAAGACCCUAGCAGCUCGAAAAAGGCACCAGAGGCAGAAGAGGAAGCACCGGGAGAAAGAUCUUGUGCAGAAAAUGAAGAAUCAGCCUUGCACAGGCAAAAUGAAAGCAGUUUGCCUGUGCAAAAGCAUGCUGCCCGUGUACCUCAAAAAGUGGAAAAAUUGAAGAAUGAAGAGGUAAAGCCUUAUGAACCUCCCGCACCAUUCCCUCAAAGGUUAAUGAAGCCCAUGGAAGACCCAAACUUCAAGAAAUUUGUGAAUAUCUUCAAGCAACUUCAGAUUAACAUACCCUUGGCGGAGGCACUUGAACAGAUGCCUACAUAUGCUAAAUUCUUAAGGGAGUUGCUGACAAAGAAGCGGAAAUGGGCUGAUCUGGAGAAGGUAACCCUUACUUCUGAAUGUAGUGCUGUGAUUCAGAAUAAAUUACCAGAAAAGAUGGAUGAUCCGGGCAGCUUCACCAUUCCAUGUGUCAUUGGAGGUACAGAAUUCAAUAAAUCACUUUGUGAUCUUGGAGUAGGAAUUAAUUUGAUGCCAUACUCAGUCUACAAGAAAUUGGGAUUGGGAGAUGUUCUAAAGCCUACUCGGAUCACUCUCCAAUUGGCUGAUCGAUCAGUGAAAAUUCCAAAAGGAGUGGUGGAGAAUGUAUUGGUGAAGGUGGGAAAGUUUAUUCUCCCAACAGAUUUUGUAAUCCUGGAGAUGGAAGAUGAUCGGGGAGUGCCUCUAAUCCUCGGCAGACCUUUUCUAGCAACCGGUGAUGCACUCAUCGAUGUUGGGAGAGGCAAGUUGACAUUCCGAGUAGGUAAGGAGGAGGAAAUUUUUAAUGUCUUUCAAGUUGACCAUAAUCAUGAUGAAUUUGAAAGUGAAGCUCGAGAAAGGAAAAAUCCCUCUUCCUGUGAUAGUGGACCAUCCGAAGAACUAUCACCUAUCCUAUCUGCUCAGAUUCUGAAAUCAAAGCAAGGGCAGAAAUCCUUGCCAGGUCACCUCAAGUAUAGAUAUUUGGGUAAGGAUUUCAAUAUUCCUGUUAUUAUUCCUUCUUCACUGACAUUGAAACAGGAAGAGUACUUGCUUGAGGCGCUGCAAUACCACCUACGCCUCACUAAAGGGUCCAACAUGUCAGCUAAGAAGGUCAUACCCAAUUUUCGCACACCUGGCCCUGCAGAGGUGACUCAUAUGCUGGAUGGAGGUUAUGCGUUCUAUCAUUGCUCGGGAGGGUAUGCUGGAUACCUUUCCAUACCCAUUGGUUGAAAGCUCCAUGAACGUCAGGCUGAGGACGUUAAACAAGCGCUUCUUGGGAGGCAACCCAAGGUAAGUUUUCUUUUCUUUAUUUUUCUUUUUAGUUGUGUCAAACCCGUGCAUGUUUAGAGUAGGAGUUGAACAUUAGGGACAAUGUUCCAUCCUGAGUGUGGGGUGGCGAGUCUUAGUGUUGUUUGUCCCUGUUGCAUGUGGUAAAAAAAAAAUCCAAAAAUCCAAAAAAAAAAAAAAUUCAAAAUUUUUUUUGUUCCUUUUGUCAUGUGGUCGGUAAAAAAAAACAAAAAAUCCAAAAAAAAAAAAAAUUGCCAUUAGGUUGAGCACAGCCAAACUGCAUGCAGUUUGCCUGUGUAAAAAGCAGUCUGCCUGUGCAAAGCUAAUGGCUUAAAAACACCUAAAAAUCAGAAAAAUUAAAAACAAAACCUUGUACUCUUGUGGUAAUAUGAUGUAAAUUACUGUGAUGCAUGUGAAAUGAGUUUGUGCUUGAAUGAAAUCAUCAAAAUCACCCCACUAGUGUUGAAUUGGAUAGUUAUUCACAAUGAGCUUGAAUGUUUUGACUGACUUGAUAUGCUUUGAAUGAGCAAACUCUUUUAGCAACAUUCUCUUUUUGUGAGGAUAGUGUAAUGACUUUUGGUGAAGUAGUUAGGUGGAGAACAUUGACCAUUCGACAUGUUUGGAUACCGUGCUUACUUGCAUCAAUUGUGAGCUUUUGAUUUUGCAACGAGUCUCUCUGUUUUGAUGGUUUUAUGAUGGGGUGAACUGUAUCUUUAUAAAUGAGAAAACACUACCUGACAAGUAAAAUAUAAGAAAGUUGCCAUAACAAUUAAAGUGUGGGUAAAAAUUCCAAAAUCGUGUGAGGCAAUCACUCAUUGCACAUGGGGAUGAGGAAAGAUUCAAUUGAGAAUCGGUUCGCGACCGUACGAUGUUGCUUAUCAAGUACGAUCCCCAGUUGAGUGAAGUGCCAUUUGAGGAUGUGCAAUGACCCUCCACACGGACCGAGGAUAAGGAGUUAAAAGAAGCUCUUAUGCGAGUGCUAAGAAGCAGAAAUUGCUCUUGCUCGGUCACCGGUAGUAAGAAACAAAUCCCACUUGUACUAAAUACGACCUCUCGGCUUUGACAUAUUGAAUUUUUGGACUUUAUAUGAUUAUUCAUGGUAUGUUUUAGCCGAUUGGUGCUAUUUUAGGGCUCGCUAACCCGAGAAUGGUUGAAAAACCAUUACUGCCUAGUGCCAUGAGUUUGAUGUGUUACAGGUGGAGAAAGCACGAAAAAGAAGCGAGUGCACGAACAAUUGAUUGGGCCCAAAUCACCCCACCUCGGGAAGAAUUAAUUUGGGCCGGGGACUUUGGAAAAGGCAGGUGGCGGACAUAAUCUCUUGGGCCAGCAAAUUGCAUAGCUAGCGGUGGACAAGGCUAAGAGGAUGGAGGAGGACGAAAUUGCUGGGGGGGGGGGGGGGGGGAGAUUUCUUUUGGGAAAAGAAAGCAAAAGGCGGAUGAGAUUUAUUAUUGAGAGAGGGCGGAAUUCCAUAGCCAGAGGGGAAAAAGACAGCAGCGCGCAGCAGCUAAGGGAAAAGAGGGAAUUAUUUUUCUCUGGGCGAUUUUUCUUGGAGAGAAAGAAAGCGAAGGGCAGCAGGUAAUUAUUGUUGGGGGAACGAAAUUCUCUUGGAAAAUAAAGAAAGAGGAGAGAAUUCUUUGGGAGAGAAGAAAAAGCAGACGUAGCGCAGCGAGGGUUUUUGGGGGACGAGGGAAUUAGUGAGAAAAGCAGCGCAGCGAAGCAUCGGGCGAUUGAGCAAUUGACGAUCAGUUUUUCCAAGGUUUGAGCUGAAUUCAACGAGAGCGAUUAGUUGGUUGGAUUUUCUAAACUGAAUUAGUUGUUUCUUGUUGUUUUAGAACAUGAUGAACAAAACCCUAUCGAUUUAUCUUAAUUUCGUCAUGAACUAAACCCCAAUUUCUGGGGGAAACACCAUAGGAUGUAGCUAUUUCUUGAUUUGAUGGAUUGAUUUAUGAUUCUUUUCUUCCAAUCUCUAUUGCAUGAAAUUUCUUAAUGCUUUGUGUUGACUGGCCACCAAUACAUUGAUUAGUUGUUAAUUAGGUGAUUAGCGACAGUGAAACCCUAAUAACUGAACCUAUUUCAUGUGACAUAGUAACUUAUCGAAGCGACAGUGGAUUAAAUAAGGUGCUAUGCGGUUCGAAAUAGGAUAUCGAUCUUCAGACUAUAUAGUUAAUUCAUUGAGCUACGACAGUAGGAUUUGAAUUGAUUAUUUAGUACGUAGUAAUUCCCGACAGGGAUAGCUAGCACUUUCGUGAUAUCCUGGCUGUAGAGAGUUGGAUUAAAUUGAUUGGAGUAUGUGAAUUAAUCUGGAUAGGAUAGGUAGUGAAUCCCGGUGUUUCUCCCAGAGCUUUCUCCCAUUGAAUUUCUCCCGACAGUUUACAUUUAGUUAAUUUGUUUAUUUUAUUUUGCUUUUAGAAAUUAGUCUCAUUAAACUAUUUUCACUUAUAGUUUGCUCAUAAAUUUGAUAGAAUAUAAGGUUGUACCAGUCCCUGAGAGACGAUACCCGGACUUUCCGGUUUACUACGAGAUAUGAAUUUAAGCAUUACGCUUUUGCCCUAUCAAAUCCUACAAACUUCUUGAAUCUCCAAACUUGAAGUCCAAUUGAAUAUGUUGUUCCCUGCUAAAACACAGAGAAACUAUAAAACACCAACGUAAAACAAUGGGAACCCAGCCAAACGUUGUAGAAAGAAUGGAAUCGAAGCUCAGAAAUAUAAAUAAGAAAAUAAACCAUAAACGAUAAUUUUUAUUAGCAACUGUAUAUCUAGGUAUGCUAAUCAAAAUCAUGCUUGACUUGGAAAUCAUAUCUCACUUAUCCACUCAACUUAAAUGUGAAACCCAUAACAAAAUUAGCCAAGACAGAGGAAACAUCCAAGAAGGGUGGUUUAUUUGAAUGUAAUGUAAUUACUAAUUAGUAAAUAAGAAUGAGACCCACAUUCUGUAAACACUAAACCCAUGGUUGCACUUGCUCUUGCUCCAUUGCAAUAUUGGAGAUUUCAAUAGAUAUCUUUAUCAUCUACAAUUUACUACAUCAUCUAGUCUAAUAAAUACACAGCCAUAUCUAAAUGCUCUGGAAUUAACAUAUGACAUCAAAACAUGGUUUCUCAUCCUUAAUGUUUUUUUUUAUAUAUAAUGAUGAUAUUCCCAUCCUUAAUAUUUUUUUAUAUAUAAUGAUGACAUUCUCAUCCUUAAUAUCUUAUAUAAUGUUAACGCAAAUAGAUAGAAAGAGUAAAACAUGGUACCUAACAAACUUGUUCCUUUUGG